AUGACCGCUGAAACAUCUACCAAACAACAAAACCCAUACGGACCCAACCCAAGUGAUUUCCUCUCCAAUGUGAACAAUUUCCAAUUGAUCGAUUCUACUUUGAGAGAAGGUGAACAAUUCGCCAAUGCCUUCUUCAACACGGAGAAGAAGAUUGAAAUUGCCAAGGCAUUGGAUGAUUUCGGUGUCGAUUACAUUGAAUUGACCUCCCCCGUGGCAUCCGAACAAAGUAGAAAGGAUUGUGAAGCCAUUUGUAAAUUAGGUUUAAAGGCUAAGAUCUUAACACAUAUUAGAUGUCACAUGGAUGAUGCUAGAGUCGCUGUGGAAACUGGUGUCGAUGGUGUGGAUGUUGUUAUUGGUACUUCCAAAUUCCUAAGACAAUAUUCUCAUGGGAAGGAUAUGAAUUAUAUUGCUAAUAGUGCAGUGGAAGUGAUUAAUUUUGUCAAGUCUAAGGGUAUUGAAAUCAGAUUUUCCUCAGAGGAUUCAUUCAGAAGUGAUUUGGUGGAUCUUUUAAACAUUUACAAGACUGUCAAUUCCAUUGGUGUUAACAGAGUCGGUAUUGCUGACACUGUUGGUUGUGCCAACCCAAGACAAGUUUACGAAUUGGUAAGAACUUUGAGAAGUGUUGUUUCCUGUGACAUUGAAUGUCAUUUCCAUAAUGAUACAGGUUGUGCCAUUGCUAAUGCUUAUACUGCCUUGGAAGGUGGUGCUCGUCUAAUUGAUGUCAGUGUUCUUGGUAUAGGUGAAAGAAACGGUAUUACUCCAUUAGGUGGGUUGAUGGCAAGAAUGAUUGUGGCAGCUCCAGAAUAUGUCAAGUCUAAAUAUAAACUGCACAAGAUUAGAGAUAUUGAAAGUUUGGUUGCUGAUGCCGUGGAAGUGAAUAUCCCAUUCAAUAAUCCAAUCACAGGGUUCUGUGCGUUUACUCACAAGGCUGGUAUUCAUGCAAAGGCCAUCUUGGCUAACCCAUCCACUUAUGAAAUUUUGGAUCCACAUGAUUUCGGUUUGAAAAGAUAUAUUCAUUUUGCUAAUAGGUUAACCGGUUGGAACGCCAUUAAAUCCAGAGUGGAUCAACUGAAUUUGAAUUUAACUGAUGAUCAAGUGAAAGAAGUCACUGCAAAGAUUAAAAAGUUGGGUGAUGUUAGACCAUUAAACAUUGAUGAUGUGGAUUCCAUCAUUAAAGAUUUCCAUAUGGAAGUCAAUACGCCAAGAUUGAAAGCCAAGCAAGAGGGCACACCAACAGAUGAAGAUCCUCUUGAUAUUACGGGGGAACCUGCUACUAAGAAGGCCAAAGUAUAA